AUGACUUCAUUAUUCUCAUUAAAAUUGAAGGAUGGAAAAUUUCAAACAUCAGGCCUGGCAAUCAUUUAUAGUGCAUUCACAACUUUGGUUACGUUAAUUUAUUUUGUUUACAUGGUACUAGUUUAUACAAUCUGGCGUGAAGAGCUUGAAAGUAUAUCAACACUUGAAACGAUCAAACUUUUGCAAAUCUCGUCUUUGAGCAAUUUAACUCUACGAAUUUCUAUGGUUUUAUGUUAUGUGGAAUUCAUCCUGAUGAUAUUAUUAAAUUACUCCUUUCGUCAUGAAAUCAGAAUUUUACUUCAGAAAAUGUAUGAACUUCCAAUGACGGAUGAAAAUUGGAAGAAAUUUGGAAAAUUGUGUCUACAUAAUUUAUUGAGACUUAUAAUUUUCACGAUGGUUUUAUGGAUUUCAACUCAAAUAAGCUUCUAUAAUUUUUCAAAGAAGGCAUUAGUGAUGUGUUUUUUGAACAUUUUUACAACUUUGUCUAGUUUUAAUUUUUUUGUGUCCAUCAACAAUGUUGAGACUUUCAUUAUUUGUUUAAUGGAAGAAUUUCAAAUUGAAUUAAAUUUAAUGUAUGACAUCAAAUCAGCUGAUAAUGAAACUAAGGUUCUAAUUGAGUUCACAAGAUAUUAUCAGAAUAUUGUUGAUAUAAUGGAGCAGUUCAACAAAAGUUUUGGGAUGCAUCUGACCAGUGUCAUAAGCGGAACAACUUUACUAAUAAUUCUGUUUAUGGAUUUUCUGGCCAUUCAGAUAAUUCAACAUGAUUCUUGUCUCAAAAUCUUCAAUUUGUUUAUUUUUGACAACAAACUUGCACUGGAAUUAUUAUCAAUUAUAGCAAGUUACACAAUUGUAUUGAUUCAGUUUAAUAUUGAAGAGGGCAAAAAGAAAUGA